GCAAGUAUACGUGCGCGUUCUCGAGUGCAUUCGGAACAAGUAGAGGACGACGAGGCUUCAUCGAGGGCUUUGCUCCAUACCGCCUUAGCCUCUGGAAACAGGCCCGAUAUUUAUAUUGUUACGUAUUUAAGAACAUUUAAUCAUGAGAAGGAAGCUGUUUGGCGUACUUCUCGCCGUUUGUAUCGGCUGGUUCCAAGCCGAGGCUCUGACUGAUGCAGCCAUCACGACCCAACCAGAGGUGGUGAACGACCAGAACCAGACCUCUGCAACACUCAGUUGCAACCUUACCAACCCUUCUUCUCUCGUCAAAGGCCACUAUUGGACCAAUAAUGGCAAGAUCAUUGACAAGUCCGAAUCAAACAGUGAUGAACUUUACAUUAAACAUGAUAUUAAAAAGGUUGAUUACCACUCUGCUGGACUAUAUGCAUGUGUCUUCCUAACAGAACCUCAGGUUAAUGCGACCAUUGAAGUUAAAGCUCUCCCACAUGUAGUGGCCUACAAACACUCUGAAAAUGCUAAUGAGAAAGACAAGGCUGUCCUAACAUGUGUGAGCCAUGGAUACCCCCUGCCUACUGACUGGAGUUGGUACAAGCUCAAAGAUGAUGAAAUUGAUAAGAUGCCCAUUGUCAAUGGCACUGAUGACAAGUAUGAGAUGAAGAACACCCCCAACAAGACCACGCUGUAUGUGAAAGAUCUGGACAUCAACAAGGACAUGGGCAUGUACCAGUGCCAAGGCACCAAUGAAAUGGGAUCAGCCAGCGAUAAGAUUCAGCUGCGCGUGCGUAGCCAACUGGCCGCCCUUUGGCCAUUCCUCGGCAUUGUUGCUGAGGUCAUUAUCCUCAUCACCAUCAUCUUCAUCUACGAGAAGAGGAGAAAGCCAGACGAGAUCAAUGAUGAUGAUGACUCAGGAUCUGCACCACUGAAGAGCAACGCCGCUACGAACCACAAAGACAAAAAUGUCCGGCAAAGGAACUCCAACUGAGAAAGGAGGAAAAGGUGAAAUAUUAUUCUGUGUCCUGAUGACUACUGUUGAAGAGAAUAUGGAGCAUUGAGUUGCUGAGUAGCACAUUAUAGUGCACACUGCGAGUUCUUAACCUUCUGCUUGAGUGUAAAUGUCUUGAGAUAUUAAUCGGUCUCCUUUUACUUUUAUUCCUAUCCAUAUUGUGCUGCCAGCAGAUGUUUUUAAAUUUGGGGAGGAGGGGGAAACUGCAUGAUUGUAUUUUUGCUGUAGAAGUGUGUGUGUGUGU